AUGGAUUCUAUUAAUUCUAUAAAUGCGUCCAAAGCUUCUUCUCAGAUCUUUAUUGAUCGUUUAAUAGCAGAAUUAACACCAAGACUUUCAAACCUGAAACCAUUGAUGUUGACAUUACAUUGUCUAUUCCCAAAUGACUUCCUCCCUGCACUUGAUAUUCUCGACCGCAAAUUAAUACGUCGAAUUAUACGCUCAGAUCAUGCCACAUCCCCAGAGGCAGCCCAAGAGGAUAUUUUCAUCGUGAUAUCUGCCUCGGCACCACCUCCACUCCCUUCAACAUCUUCAGAAGAAAAGGGUUAUGAGGUUCGGCUACGUGCCUGGAAUUGCAGCUGUCCUACAUUUACCUUAUCUGCGUACCGAGACUCUCCGCCUCCGGUGAAUCAUCCGACAAACGAUCAGGACCACUUGGCCUACUCAUUUGGCGGAACGCUAGCUCGUGGUACGGCUCGGAUAGCGCCUCCUACCUGCAAACAUAUUCUAGCCUGCAUUUUGCAUGCACGGUGCCCUGAGCUGUUCGGGGUUGAUGGAGAUGGCAGAUUCGUAGUUCCCAUGGAGGAAUUGGCAGGCUGGUGUGCUGGUUGGGGUGGUUGA